AUGGCGCCGGCGUCGCUGCUCGUGCUGCUGCUGGUGGCGGCGUGGGGGCGGCGCGUGCACGCCAACCCGGACGCCAAGCGCCUGUACGACGACCUGCUGAGCAACUACAACCGCCUCAUCCGCCCCGUCAGCAACAACACGGACACCGUGCUUGUCAAGUUGGGGCUGCGGCUGUCGCAGCUCAUAGACCUGAACCUCAAGGACCAGAUCCUCACCACGAACGUGUGGCUGGAACACGAGUGGGUCGACCACAAGUUCCGCUGGGACCCGCAGGAGUACGGCGGCGUCACGGAGCUCUACGUGCCCUCCGAGCACAUCUGGCUGCCCGACAUCGUGCUCUACAACAACGCCGACGGCGAGUACGUGGUGACCACCAUGACCAAGGCGGUGCUGCACCACACGGGCAAGGUGCUGUGGACUCCGCCCGCCAUCUUCAAGUCCUCGUGCGAGAUCGACGUGCGCUACUUCCCCUUCGACCAGCAGACGUGCUUCAUGAAGUUCGGCUCGUGGACCUACGACGGCAACCAGAUCGACUUGAAGCACAUCAACCAGAAGUUCAGCGACAAGGUGGAGGUGGGCAUCGACCUGCGAGAGUACUACCCCAGCGUCGAGUGGGACAUCCUGUCUGUACCGGCCGAGAGGAACAAGAAGUUCUACCCAUGCUGCAAGGAGCCCUACCUCGACAUUUUCUUCAACAUCACGCUAAGGCGCAAGACGCUGUUCUACACCGUCAACCUGAUCGUGCCGUGCGUCGGCAUCUCGUACCUGUCCGUGCUGGUGUUCUACCUGCCCGCCGACUCGGGCGAGAAGAUCGCCCUGUGCAUCUCCAUCCUGCUGUCGCAGACCAUGUUCUUCCUGCUCAUCUCCGAGAUCAUUCCUUCCACGUCGCUGGCGCUGCCACUGCUCGGCAAGUACCUGCUCUUCACCAUGCUGCUGGUGGGGCUGUCCGUCGUCAUCACCAUCAUGGUGCUCAACGUCCACUACCGCAAGCCCAGCACGCACAAGAUGGCGCCCUGGGUGCGCAAGGUGUUCAUCCGGCGACUGCCCAAAGUGUUGCUCAUGAAGGUCCCCGAGCAGCUGCUGCAGGACAUGGCCGCCAACAAGAAGUUCCUGCGCUCCAAGAAGAACAAGAUGAACGCGGCGGCGGCGGCGGCGGCGGCGGUGGCGGCGGCGGCCGCCUCCUCCUCGGUUGCGUCGUCGCCCGACUCGCUGCGCCACGUGCACCAGCGCCCCGGCGGCUGCAACGGCCUGCACGCAUCCGCCAGCGGCGCCGCCGUCAACCGCCUCCCGGGGGGCUUCGCCGGCCUGCCCGUCGUCGCCGGGCUGGACGGCAGCCUCAGCGACGUGGCCGCGCGCAAGAAGUACCCCUUCGAGCUGGAGAAGGCCAUCCACAACGUCAUGUUCAUCCAGCACCACAUGCAGCGCCAGGACGAGUUCGACGCGGAGGACCAAGACUGGGGCUUCGUGGCCAUGGUGCUGGACCGCCUGUUCCUCUGGAUCUUCACCAUCGCCUCCAUCGUGGGCACGUUCGCCAUCCUGUGCGAGGCGCCCGCCCUCUACGACGACACAAAGCCCAUCGACAUGGAGCUGUCGUCCGUCGCCAAGUUCCAGUGGCCGCCGGGGCUCGACUACUAG